AUCUGCAGGCCUGCGAGGAAUUGACCAUUUUCAUGAAUAUUAGGAAGUUAUGUCGAAACCGCAUUUUCCCACAAUACCUAAACGCUCCACGUCAACUGAUAGCGGAAUAGUGUCAGAAUCUGACCGGAGAUCAGGCCGUCGCAGCACAUCUGGAUCAUUCUGAGAAAUGCCUCCAAAAACGGCCAAAAAGAUUUUAAGUAACAAACUGGAGGAUCUGUCCGCCGAAAACUUUAAGAAGUUCCGAAGAGAACUGGUGGACCGGAAGGACGGGGUCAAGAUGAACCAGGUGGAGGAGAAGGACUACAUGGUGGUUUCAGAGGUGAUGAUCAACGUUUACACGGAGAAAGAAGCUCUGAAGGUGGCGGAGGAAAUCUUCAGAGAGAUCCGCUGCAAGCAGGACGCGGACGAACUGGUUGAAGAGGCUAAAAAAGCAGGUUUGUGUUCGGCCGCUGAAGGAUCCAGUGAAGAGGAACACUUCGUGGACAGACACAGGACUGAGCUGAUCCAGAGAGUCACCACCGUUGCGCCCAUUUUGGACAAGCUCUUAAAAGCCAAAGUUAUCCAAAAUGAAGCUUAUGAUGAGAUAAUGGGGCUGCGGCCCUCCCAGAACCAGAUGAGAAGGGUGUACGGAUCUGUACAAGGAGCCGGCAGGAGCGCAAAGGAUCUCUUCCUCCAAAUCCUGAAGGAUCAGCAACCUUUCCUCAUCGAUGACCUGAUGAAAAAAUAAAUCCUGGAAGAAAAUUAAAUCUAUUUUAAACAUAGAAUGAAAAAAACACAUUAAAACCACUUUUAUUCCAGAAGAAUAAAGAGUUGCUUCAUUUGUU